GGAGCUGAAGACGACCUGUUCGGAUGCCUUGGCCGGUAAAAAAAUUAUACAAGAAAAUGGCGUUGACAAACUGGACAAAUCAUUAGUAUCUAAUUUUGAGAUUUUAAAUUUAGUUCCUGACCGCACAACGAAAGACGAUGAAACAAAUAAAACGGUGUCAGAUGGCGUCGAUCUGAAAUGGAAGAGGGUUGGAAUCGUCUCAGGAAGAUCCGUCCGACUCGAUACCAUCGUAUGGCCUGGAGGAGAUUUGUCGGUUGCGGCAGUGUCUUCAAGAGCACGUAGCGUAUUUCGGGUGGUUACUGCUCUUGCACCCCCUUUCGUUAUGGAAGGUGAGCUGGAUGAAGACGGACAGUGCCUUAGAGGUCUUCCAUGCCAUCGCGUACUAACUUCCGAUAAGGACAAUUUAACGUUAGUGUUUAACCAAAUGGAAAUGCAGGAACGGCUGGAAGAGGAGAGCGGAGUGAACACACAGUAUAAACAUCCGGGACAUUUUAUGCGCAGCGAAAAUGAUGAGGAUAAGUUUUCGCCCUUUCAAAAAAUUAAAUAUCGCACAAAUUGCUGUUACGGUUUAGCGAUGGACCUUUUGGAGAACAUUGCGCACGAACUCGAGUUUGAUUUUCGAUUAUACAUAGUCGCGGAUGGUUUGUACGGGAGCAGGAAUGUGAUUAGGAGACAUAAGCGGGACGUGGGGAAGCACUUUUUGAAUUACCGUUUUAAGCAGGAGGUGCACGCGGGUGAACCGAGCUCGCGGGAGGUCGCCGAUGAAGUUGACUUCAAGUGGAACGGUGUCGUGGGCGAUUUGGUUUCGGGUGCAGCUCAUAUGUCAUUCGCGGCCCUUAGUGUUUCUAGAAUAAGAAGUGAAGUCAUAGAUUUUAGUAUCCCGUAUUACUUUAGCGGAGUUUCGUUCCUAGCAGCUCCGCAGCAAAAAUCUGAGAUACCCUUAUUGGCUUUCCUACUGCCAUUCUCGCCCGAACUUUGGAUAGCGAUCUUUACAAGUUUGAACAUAACAGCUAUAGCGGUAGCGAUAUACGAAUGGCUAUCGCCUUUCGGCUUAAACCCUUGGGGACGUCAACGUUCUAAAAAUUUCAGCAUGAGUUCCGCACUUUGGGUGAUGUGGGGUUUACUUUGCGGUCAUCUUGUCGCAUUUAAGGCCCCCAAGAGUUGGCCGAACAAGUUUUUGAUUAACGUCUGGGGAGGAUUCUCUGUGAUAUUCGUCGCGAGCUACACGGCGAACAUUGCAGCGUUAAUUGCCGGUUUGUUCUUCCACAACACUGUCAGCAAUUACCACGACAGAAGCCUGCUAAGUCAGAAGGUGGGAGCACCCCGUGCGUCAGCGGCAGAGUAUUACGUACAACGAGCGAACAAAGUUUUGUGGGAUCACAUCAACAAAUAUCGCAUGGAAAAUGUAGAGGAAGGAAUUGCGCGUCUUAGGAACGGAACGCUCGAUAUCCUAAUUGCGGAUACUCCAAUUCUCGAUUAUUACAGAGCAACUGAUCACGGAUGCAAACUUCAACAGAUUGGGGACACAAUUAAUGAGGACACGUACGCUGUGGGGAUGAACAAGGGUUUUCCUUUAAAAGAUAGUAUUUCGGCCAUUAUUUCUAAGUAUUCAAGUAACGGGUACAUGGACAUUUUGCAAGAGAAGUGGUACGGUGGACUGCCAUGCUUUAAAGCGGGCAUGACAAUGGACAUGGAGUCUCUAUCCCAACCUAAGCCUCUUGGGGUUGCGGCCGUAACGGGAGUGUUUAUUUUAUUAGGAGUCGGAAUGAUUUUAGGGUGUUUAAUUCUCUUCGUCGAACACAUGUUUUUUCGCUACACUUUGCCGGCCUUACGUGAUAAACCUAAAGAUUCGGUGUGGAGAAGCCGAAACAUUAUGUUCUUUAGUCAGAAACUUUAUAGAUUCAUUAACUGCGUUGAACUGGUUUCACCUCAUCACGCCGCACGAGAACUUGUGCAUACAAUUCGGCAAGGACAGAUUACAAGUCUCUUCCAAAAGAGCGUCAAAAGGGAACACGAACAACGAAGAAGGAGGAGAAGCAAAGCACAGUUUUUUGAGAUGAUACAAGAGAUUCGAAGUACAAUUCGUAGACAGCAACAAGAAGAGAGAACUUUACCGUUGGAGUCCGUGACAGAGGUGGAAUCCGAACACCAGCUAACACCCGAGGAAAAGAAAACGAAUUUGAGCCCGAGCAUCAUACGGCGUACGUUUUUACGCACGAGUCCUAAAAUAGAAAAUCCCCCGAAAGUAAAAUCGCCCGCGCUACACUUUACAAAGCAACUUUUCAGUCCGCGCACUAAAAACAAAACGAAAAGCUCAACCGCACUGAACGUUCGACGAUUUAGUACCGACAGUGUGUUUUCCUCUCAAACUUUAAAACCUGACCGAAGUACCGUUGUGGGAAGAAGACUAAGCAAGGACGCUUCCUGCUUUUUAUCGCACAGUCCACCGGAUAUUAACAGCAGACGAUCUAGUCAUCUGGACAUAGUAAAUACAGGAGCCAAACUUUCAGGCAAAAGCCCCGUACUCUCGAUUGAAAACGUUUCUGAAUGCAGCUCAAGGUCGACCGAACUUCCGCGUAAGCUUUCCGAUUCCGAAAGCAUAGGCAGAAAACUGGCAACACUACCAAAGUACACAGAACCAAGCAGUCGUCACAGGCUGCAGCCACAGUACAGCUUAACAAUUGGAAGAAGUGAUCAAAUGUUAAACAGUACCGAUCCGAACACCAAACUGGGCCAAUCUCCUCAGAAAUUAACGAAGAGUUGUCAGAAUAUCCUAGAUACCGAUAGAGAAGUUACACGAACUUUAUCGCAAUCCAGUGUGGAUCACAGGAGUAAUCUUUCCGAUGACGAAAUAGCCCGAAGAAACAAAUUAACCAUAGAUCAAUUACAGUCUCAUCUAACCACGAAAGUAGAACACAUUAAACCUCCCAUAAAAAGAAGUCACAGUAAUAACACCAAACCUACAAAUCCCCCGCGUAUUCAAGUCGAAGACACAUCGAAGCUACCACCGAGCACCACCCGAAAAAUAAAGAAGCGUCACCAGAGCCUGGGCGAUGAGACCAAAACCCACACUGACCGUUCCCGUAGCAGAAACAAGCUCAGCGAACAUUCCAGGUCAUUAGACAGUAACCCUCCCAAGGAGUCUUCCAGAUCACGCUCUCCCAGAUGCAAAGAGCACGACCUACCACCGGCUCCACCUCCCCCCAACUGCUCCCCGCGAAACUCCAACGGCAAAUCCCCACUAGAUAGGUUAUCUAAGGACGAACUCGUACUGCUUUGGCGAAGUUCAGAAUCAGAACUUAGAAGUCAUCUCCUAAAAGCAAUAAGAGACAAAGGAUCUGAGGAUCCUCCUUGAAAAUUGUUGCGCAACUAUCAUGGGUAAUGAUGGAUUUUUUGGUGACAUUUGCGGCCAUUUUUUGCGAAUUUUGCACUGCUAUUCAUGCGCGUUCGUGUAUUCGUGCCGUUUCACUUAGAUUUAUAACAAAAAAAAACGACCAGUUACUACAGUCGCCUUUGUUCUCUCGCCUUCGGAUAGCUAUAAAAUGAUUGUGAACUACCUGUGGAGAAUUGGCGAUCAAUUUGGAAAAGUCGGACUACGCGUUGUAUCUUAUGACAUGGAUAGUUGUGCAUUUAGUUCACGCGUAACGCGAAGGUAAUAUCCAACUUUUAAAAAAAAUUAUUGUAGUAGCGUUCAUCUUGAAAAUGUAAUCAAAACAAAAAAAAUACUUUUAACAAAGCGUACUGCCAAUUAUUUCUAGGAUUCAUCCAGUCAAUGGAUAUUGUAGAAUGGUGAUAUCGAAGUCUUAUGCUACGGUAACAAAAACAAAUUUUGAGGCUCCAAAACUAUUUCGAUUAAAUUUUAGGUAAAUUAUUGUAUAAGGUAAUGUUACUAAAUACGCCGUAUUGCGUUAACGUGCAAGUUUAAACGAUGGGAACAGUAGAAACGGGUGCCUGUUUUAAACAAAUUCAACUAGAAAUGAAAACUUCAAGUUGACGCAAUACUGCCUUACGAUAUUUUGAACAUUUAUAAGUCAAUUUUAACAAAUUUUAUCUCCGUCUAUUCGUUAGCAUAAGUGUCCUCUCUAUCCUAUUGUUGAUAUUUUAAAGUCUAUUGGAAUUGAAACAAAAUGAAAGCUAUAGCGUACACAAAUUACUCAGAAUCUAAUUAAAACAGUAACAAAUUUGUGAUUAUCUUAAAGAAUAAGAUAUAAUAAAAUAUUACGGAUGUGUUUAAAAUAUUUUCUAUAUAAAGGAUUAAAGAUGCAUGUAGGUAAUCAUAGAGAGCAUUAACGUAGAGGACUAAUAAAAAAAACAGCAUGUAACUAAUUAAAUAAUUAUAUAACAAGAAAUGUAAACUAUAGCAAUGCAUAUUAUUAUGGAAUAGAUGCAUAUUAAAGUUUAUGAAAAUAUUUUAAACAAAGUGUUAAACUUUUUGUUGUAAAUAGUGUAAAUAGAAUUUUAGCAUUAUAGAUCACUAAUUUGUAUAGUUAAUUUAACACUUUAUUGUUGACAAAUAUAUAAC